UUCAUUCCGUGUCUACUGUCUAGUUUACUAUUUCAUCCUGAGAGUUGGCGGAUUUCUUGUCUCAAUUCGGAAAAUUUAAUCAAACCCCGAUCGAUGAAAGGGGAUAAAAUGGCAAAAAGAUCUUCAUUCGGAAGCAUGGUGAGAAGAAGGCUCUCUGAUAUUACUAAUUCCCUGCCUCAGCCAAAAUCGCCAGCAUUUCCUGAAAAACAUUUUCUAUCUGAUAAUGCUUCAGCUAACCAACACAUUGACUAUCUUGUUAAGGAAAAGAUGGCCUUGAUGAAGCUCAUUCAAGAAAAGAACAAAGUUAUAGAAUUUAGUGGAAGUGAGGUCCAAAAUUUGAAAACAUGUCUUCAGAAAAUGCAGCUGCAAAACUGGACUCUUGCUCAGACAAAUAGUCAUAUGCUAGCGGAAGUUAAUUUGGGCAAACAAAGGUUGAAAGCAUUACAACACGAAGUAGCCUGCAAAGACACACUUCUCAAAACAAAGAUAUUGCAGCUCAAGGGGAAAGAGGAAGUGAAUGUAAAAAAACAAGUUAUUCAGGAAGCAGAGGAGGUAACAGAGGGUUUGGAAAUGAAUGACGAUACUAGGCCUCGAGCUGCCAACGGGAGGCGCCGUCUCUCCAGAAGUGCAUCUCUAGGCAGCUCAAUGAUAUCUCAGCAAUAUGCUGAAAUGGAGACAGCACUAAGCAAAAGGCAUUGUGUGAGAAGAGAAUCUGGUGGUGGUAUGUUGGACAGUAUUGAAGGGCGGAGACCAUCCAUCUCCAGACCAUUGCGUAUGGCAGUGGAAAAGGUUCAGUCUUACAAAGAAAUACCUCUCAACAUCAAAAUGAGGAGAUCACAUUGAACUGGAGUUGCAAAAUCCUACGCAUUUUCCACUUAAUUUGUUUUACAUACAUAUAUGUCCGUAUGACCAAGUUUAAAUUAAAUUCUGUAUAAUUUUCUGCUGUUUGCUUAUAUCGAUGGAGAUUUAUUCUA